AUGCUAGAAAUCUUAAGAAAAAAUUAAAAUUUGUUAAGAUGGAUGAUUUACCAGCUAUCGACAUUUUAACAUUUAUAACUGAAGAAUUGCUGCAAACCUAUAGAAGCAGAAGUGGUGAGGACGAUAGGGUUAGAGCCAUUACCGAGUUCCUACAGCGAUGGAAUAAAGAUUUCUCCAUUGCAAAACUGAAGACUAUACAUAUUGAAUUUGAUUCCGAUUUGGAUUGGUUUAAUGUAAGUGGUUCUUUAUCCUUAAAAGGACUGCAAGGAAAAGUUAUCCUUUUAGAUUUUUUCACCUACUGUUGUAUUAAUUGUAUGCAUGUAAUCCCAGAGCUUCUUCGUCUGGAAGAACGGUUUCCCGUUGAAAGCGGUUUUUUAGUAAUCGGAGUUCACAGUCCAAAGUUUGAAAAUGAAAGAGUUACGACAAACAUUUUGUCUGCCGUGCAACGAUAUGGAAUCACUCAUCCCAUUGUAAACGACUGGCAAUCUACUAUGUGGCGUACGGUUGGCAUACGCUGCUGGCCGUCCCUAUUAGUUAUCAGCCCCACUGGUAUACCCAUGUUGUUACUGAUGGGCGAAGGGCACGGAAAGUUCCUUCAUGAUUUUGUUGGUGCUGCUUUAUCAUUUUUCACUCAUCACGAAAAAAUUGACUUUUGUAGGUUACCAUCUAUUCAACUAUCCAGUAACUUAAAACCUGCUUCUAACUUGCGAUUCCCUUCAAAGAUAGCUCGAAGCCCUCUGGGCAAGUAUGCUAUUGCUGAUACUGGAAAUAACCGGGUGCUUAUUGUUGCUAACACCGGAUUAGUACAACACAAAAUUGGUGGAAAUCAGCCUGGAUUUGUUGAUGGUGCUUUAACAGUAGCACGAUUUAAUAAUCCACAAGGCCUAGCAUUUAUAAAUGAACAUGAUUUGAUUGUCGCUGACACUAAAAACCAUGCCCUUCGUAAGAUCUCGCUUACAAGUGGUAAGGUUGAAACUCUCGCUGGAACAGGCCUUCAGGGCAACGACCGUAUUGGUGGUCGCGUAGGACCUUUGCAACCUUUAUCGUCACCUUGGGAUGUUGCUAUUUUUCGAGCAAGAGACAUGGAUAUGUCUUUUCAUCUUGAUGAACAUAACGUGCCUGAAAAAACUAUUGUGCUUAUAGCUAUGGCCGGCACACACCAAAUUUGGGGAUAUUUCCCAGAAGGUAUAAUUUGGUGGAAGUUCCGCAAAUUUGAACCUCUUUGUUGUGUCUCAUUAAUUGGAAACGGUAUGGAAGAGAAUAGAAAUAAUUCUUACCCACAGAACGCAGCAUUCGCACAGCCCUCUGGCUUGGCUAUGGCAAACGACAUUUUGUACAUAGCAGACAGCGAAAGCUCAAGUAUACGGAAAGCUUCCAUGAUCGACGGAAAGGUUAUGCCUGUCGUUGGAGGUGAUCGUAACCCACUUAACUUAUUUGCCUACGGUGACAUUGACGGUAAAUUAUUUAAUGCGAAACUUCAACAUCCGCUCGGACUGGCUUACAAUAAUACACAUAAAAAGCUAUACGUGGCUGAUACUUACAAUCAUAAAAUCAAAGUUAUUGACACUGAUUUAAAUAUUAUUUUCUCCUUAAAAAUCAAGGGCCCAGAAGACGGUACUGAUAUUAUUUUCAAUGAGCCCUCUGGUUUGUGCUUGGACGCUAACGAACAAAAUAUUUUGGUAGCUGAUACCAAUAACCAUUUAAUACAUAAAAUAGAUCUAGUGACUAUGAUAGCAAAACCGUUUAUCUUAGAUUUUACCCAAAUUUCGUCGUCAAUUGAAACUAAUAUGCAAAAAUGUACAUUAAAGCAAAUUGAAACUCACGCUAUAAAAAACUUACCUCUAAGUGUUAUUCAAUCAAGUACGAUAUAUUUUAAUCUUCAACUUUCGCCUAAACUUAACUUUACAAAAGAAGCUCCUCAGAAGUGGAUACUAAAAACUGUAUGUCAAUCAGUGAAAGUAAGUCCUUCAAGCGGAACUAUACUUAAUGGAGUGUGUAAAUUGCAAGUGCAGGCUACUCAGCAUGAGAUCUGCUGUGAAAGUAGUGAUAUAUUAACUAUAGAAUUUGCAUUAAAUUUAUGUCUCUCAAAUUGUUGCCUUGUAAGGAAAUUUUCAGUUUCUAUAAUAAGGGACCCAAUUAUAAGAGAACACAUACCAGUUCAUAAUGUAAAAAUUUAUAUUGACGAUUCACAGAUAAACAUUUAUUAAAAAAGUUUAAAAUUAGUACUGGGCUUAAUUUAUACAUGUGUGGUUUUAAAUUAAAACUAGAAGAGAACGAUA